AUGUCCAACUUUAAGAAUUUUACUUUAAAUUCCUUUGAAGAUUAUUACGGAAAGGCCUCUGAAACGCCAAAAAUGGAGGAAGAGAAAUUGGAAGCAUCAAACGUGAAUGUGCCCAUUUCAAAAAAAGUACACAAAAGCAAAAAGAACACCUCAAAAUAUGAUCAAAAGAAUGUGUUUAGAAACUCAAUGACAGGAAUUGCACAAAUACUGCCAACAAAACCGGUGAAAAUAAUAGAACAAAACAUUGAUUUUGCCAAUUCGAGGAGCUUCGACCUUCUGCAGUCUACACAUACUAUCUGUUUUAAUAAGAAAAUUGGAGCUACGAAUAGCAAGUUAAAUGUGGAAACUCAGACUUCCAGUGAUAUUGAUAAUGACAUAUUACAUGUUGGAGCAUCCACAGACUUGGGAGGCAAUAGUAAUGACGAAGCGGAAACAAGGCAACUGAGGAAAUUUCGAUGGUCAAAUAAUAAAGAAAAAUGCCUUUGUGAAAAGCUGACUGUCAUAUAUUGGGCUCUCUUGCUCAAUACGACAAAGAGAGCAAGUAAAAGGAGGCCGAUAUUAUGCCAUCAAAUGAUAGCUGAGUUUUUUAACAGAGUUUAUAAGGAGAAAUCAAGGGUACCUAUAACUUCGAGAUAUAUUAGAGAUAAUCUCGUCACUUGGGUAACUCAAGGAAAGGAACUGCAUGAAAAAGGUUGGGUAGGUGAUGCCAAAACUGGCGAUUUGCAAGAGCAGUUCAAUAUAGCCACUAUCAAAUUAUAUGAAAGCGCAGAAGACGGACGGCUCGUCAUGGGUAAAGACAAAGUUUUUCGAGAGGAAAACGCUGGAAGUGACAGUUUGGUUCGAGUGGAAGAAGACUCUGCCUCUAUAACUGAUGAAAAUGGCCAGGUUGCUCUAGAAAAAAACUUAAAGGAAGAUCGUAGAGAGUCUAUAAGGAAUCAAAUCCUGGCUUUAGACGUAAAUGAAGAGGAUUUUUUCCAAAAAAUAAUGAAAAUUUUAUCUGCUAUUGAUGAACCUGAAUUGAAACAAUAUGUAGUUAUGAUCUCAGAAUUAGUCAGCAUGGAAAUAGACGAUGGUAAAACGGUACGAGAAAAACUGCGAGACGUGGAAAUGAGUAUUAAUAGGUUGCAGGUUGACAUAAAAGAAAUAAAGGAAAUACUUGUUACGCUGGUAAAUAAAUGA